CGGGUCGUGGCUCGACCCUCGCACCCUCGCACCCUCGCCCCGACUCACCGAUACGUGGAUGCCCACCUGGGCGAGCCAGGACUCAGCGAUGACUCUGAAUAAUGUCACCAUGCGUCAGGGCACUGUGGGCGUGCAGCCGCAGCAGCAGCGCUGGAGCAUCCCAGCGGAUGGCAGGCAUCUCAUGGUCCAGAAAGAGCCCUACCAGUACAGCCAGUGCAACCAUCACCCUGCUGCCCCCGAGGACCACUGCCGCCAGAGUUGGUCCUCUGACUCCACGGACUCAGUUAUCUCCUCUGAGUCAGGGAACACCUACUACCGGGUGGUGCUCAUAGGGGAGCAGGGGGUGGGCAAGUCCACUCUGGCCAACAUCUUUGCAGGCGUGCAUGACAGCAUGGACAGCGACUGCGAGGUGCUGGGAGAAGACACGUAUGAGCGAACACUGAUUGUCGAUGGGGAAAGUGCUACAAUUAUACUCUUGGACAUGUGGGAAAAUAAGGGGGAGAAUGAGUGGCUCCAAGACCACUGCAUGCAGGUCGGGGAUGCCUACCUGAUCGUCUACUCCAUCACAGACCGAGCCAGCUUCGAGAAGGCGUCUGAGCUGCGAAUCCAGCUCCGCAGGGCCCGGCAGGCAGAGGAUAUUCCUAUAAUUUUGGUUGGCAACAAAAGUGACCUGGUACGGUGUCGGGAAGUGUCUAUUUCAGAGGGCAGAGCGUGUGCUGUGGUAUUCGACUGCAAGUUCAUCGAGACCUCCGCGGCUGUCCAGCACAACGUGAAGGAGCUGUUUGAGGGCAUUGUGCGACAGGUCCGCCUGCGGCGGGACAGCAAGGAGAAGAACGAGCGGCGGCUGGCCUACCAGAAGAGGAGGGAGAGCAUCCCCAGGAAAGCCAGGCGCUUUUGGGGCAAGAUUGUGGCUAAAAACAACAAGAAUAUGGCCUUUAAGCUUAAGUCCAAAUCCUGCCAUGACCUCUCUGUGCUCUAGGCACCCAGAGUCACCCAGAUGUCCCCUUGAUGGACAUUGUUGAAGGCCAUUGGGACAAAUAAUCUAUAUUAGAUUGAACCCUUUAAUAUUGUUAGAUGUGGCUUUCCCUUCUGCAGCUGGGAAUUUAUAUGUUAGCCUUAUGGUCAACAAAAUGCAUGGGAAAUGAAAGAUCUUUGUAAAGAGUCUAUUUAUUUAUGGGAAAAGCCUGACCUUGCUACUGGAACAUCCAAGACUCAUUAGAGGAUGUGUUUGGUGUUCACAUGUAUUUCUUCUUUCCUUUGGAUAGUAGAGAAUUGAAGCCUUAAAAGAAAUGCCUAGAAAAAGAACUUCUCAUUAUUAAAAAAUUCCCCAGUGUUCUGAUAUGUGAAUUUGAGGCCAGUAGGUCAUAAACAAAUAUAUGAGAACAAUUCAAAGGGUUUAUUCAAAGGAGGGAAGAACCUUAUAUUCCUGGAGCUGGGACUGUGGAAUUGAGCUCAUCAUGACUAUUAUUGCUCCAUCAAGCUGUGAAAAGAAAUUAUGGGCCUUGCUGGAAACUAAAGCUUGCAAAUAGUUUUUGUUCAGUGCCCACAGCUGGGGAUCUAAAAAUUUGUAGAAUUGGGAACUGAUACAUGUACCACUAUGGGUUUCAAAAAUUAUAUCUUUACUUCUGUGUCUUGUAGUUUUUUAUUCAGAAGAAUUUAUUUUAAUCAAAUUUAACUUAGUCAAACCACCUUUUAUGUUUCGUUAUUUUUAUAGUCACAGGGCCAUCAUAAAAAUAUUUUUAAAAUCUGAAUUAUUGAUAACUUGGAGUGCAAAAUGCCACAUUUUUAAAUAUAAUCAAAGGUUUGAAUUUUUAUAAAACACAAACAUAGAUAUGUCUAGUACUUUGCGUUGACCCUUGUAUGCCACAGCUCUGCUCUAUUUAUUGUUAUUUUGCAAAAUAAUAACCAUUUUAACAUUUGAUAAAGCAUAUUUAUGAAAAAAGUCCAUUUUAUUAUCAUUUUUUAUCUUUUUUAGAAUAUGCAAGUCUUUACCUAUAUAUGUCUUAUAAUAAAAUAAAUAAAAUCUUUGAAAAAA